AUGUUUUUUGUUUUGAUCAUAUUAAAUGGCGUACACGGUUUCAAAGUGCCUGGUAAUUGUGGUGUUGGACACUUUUAUGAACCGAGCUUGAUGGAUUGCCUGCCUUGUCCCGCUAAUGCAUCUCUGGUCACGUCAGCUGAUGUGACUCAAAAUGUUGACGGAUCUCCGAUGAAGGAGGUUCAAUGUGUUAAAUGUGCCCGCGGUUAUAAAGCUCUGAACAAUAGAUGCGUUUGGUGUGAAGCGUGCGCUUGUAAGAAACAUGAAAUAGUAGUUAAAGGAAAUUGUAUUCCAAGGAAAUAUGUUCUAGACAGACCUAAGUACUCGGAAAACAUAUUACAUCCAGACGAAGUUUUAGAAUUUAUAAAAUUGGAAUAUUUAUGUACUAAACAAGACUACCGCGCAUGUCGUAUUUUAGCGAGCGUCUGUGUCCGUAAUCAUAAUACUUACCACCCAGCCGGUCCCUGUAGACUCUGGAUACAAAGUAAUUUGACCAGUCUUAAAGGUUUGCCAUUACUUACUACUGAUGACUUCAAAAGCAACAAGGCAGAUUUAUCUUUGUCGCUUUCUAUGAAUUCUAUAGAUUUAAUUCUGGCAACACAUACUGCCAGUGGAGGAUUGAAAAUAUUUCAGAACACAGAUAAACUCUUUCAAAAAUGUCUACCCUCUAUGAAAAUUAAAAUAGGCGCGAGUUUUAGAAUAGAUCGCGAUGUUUAUAGCGAAGGUGCUUUAAAAGUUCAGUUACUUGUGGAGAUUCAGUAUGCUUUGAAACAUCCAUCAUACGAUACUAUCACAACAUCGAUCAUAGUUGAACAUCAAACGACUGACGCCGGGGUCACAACUAACUUGGAAGCAACGUUUAUUUCAUCUCUUCACUCUUUCUGCUCGGAGGCUGGGACUCUCAGUGUAACUCUCCCGCUCUCGGAAGAUGAAGAGCAUCUGAUUAGAUCAAUGACAUAUACUGUUCUUACUAUGAAGGCCUUAGAUAGUCUCAGCUGGGUUGCCAGUGAGAGGACGGUUUUAGAACGUUUGUUGGACAUUGAACUCACAGACCGUGAAGGCGGGAACACUAGUAUUUUGCUUUACGACGAUAACGUCUCAAUACCUUCACUAUUAUCUACUACAUGGAUGGGUGAAGAAUGUAGUCUGGCAACAUUCGACGCUAUGGUAUUCGGUUGCAUUUUAAUAGCAUCGGAGCAGUAUCUUUUAGCUGCUUUAUUGACUGCUAUCGUUUGGAAGGAGAAUGUAGAUGUAAAAAAAGAUCACUCGGAUGUUAGUGGUCAAGAAAUAGAUGAAUCUCAUAUUUUAAGACCAAUAAAUUUAAAAAUUACUUUACCGCCACGACCAGAGACGUAUGGACCUCUCUUUAAUUUUCUCAUAAAAGUAUGUGACGUCAUAUUAGAAGACUUCUCGAAUUCAAGAAUUCCGAAUUAUAUGGAAAUAAUAGCAAAGAGUCUGAAAGGUUUCGGAUCGGGCUUUCUUAUGAAAAUGAUGAUUAGAAGAUUCGCCAAAGGUCUUCAUAUAUUAUCGGCUUAUCACGUAAAUCUAGACAUCGGUAUUCCGUUAAGUAUAUCGGGUCUUACAAAUGUAAAAAAUCCCAACGAGCCACUGUUGUUACUUUCUUUUAUGGAAAAGAAAUCUAAUGUAAGAUCGGAAGGUAUUUUCGAAAAUUUUAUUCGUAGCCUUCUAGAUUUGCUCACUACAACAUUUCCUGAGAAAAGGUUAUCAAAGUUUUGUAGAACGCUAUACAAAUACAUAAGCAAAAUAGAAAACAAAUAUGCUAGAAGAUUUGCACGUCAUAUUCGGUAUAUUAGUAAAAUGUAUAGAGAAGAUUUAAAAAACGAAUUCCGUUUGUAUCGAGAAGAAUUUAGCAAGCCAAAAGAACACAAGACAGACUUUAUUAAAGCCAUGGAUGCAACAUUUACUCUAAAAGAACAUAUUUUAUUUCAAGACUAUAUUUCCGAUUUAAAAGAUUAUGGUACAGACGAUAAACUAUUUAUUGACAAUGAGACGGACAAGGUCAUAAAUUAUGUUAUCAUGGACAGAAUAUGGAAGUCAAGUGCCAGAGAUCGGGAUUAUUUAGAAAAAAUGUUAAGAUUAGCUAUUGAUGAAUAUAGACGCGAUCACGAUACAAGAAAAUGA